GGACCUAAAGAGAGCGCACGGAAUACAAGGGUCGGCCUUUCCGGGGGUCGUUCUGCGGCAUGGGGGUCUGCGGGGAGCGUCCGGCUGGUGCGGCGGCCGCUGCGCCGGGGGCCCUAGGAAGGAAGACGUUGUCCAGGGACAAUUUUUACACCUGCUUUGAGCUAAGAAGGAUUCGCACAAGCUGCAGGUCCCUGAGAGUUUUAAAGGACACCUUGGAAAAAAAAGGAGUAUUAGGGCAUUUAAGAGCAAGGAUCCGAGCUGAAGUUUUCAAUGCCCUAGAUGAUGACCGUGAACCCCGACCAUCAUUGUCUCAUGAAAACCUUCUAAUUAAUGAAUUAAUUCGGGAGUAUUUGGAAUUCAACAAAUACAAGUAUACAGCGUCUGUCCUCAUAGCAGAAUCUGGUCAACCUGUAGUUCCACUGGACAGACAGUUUCUCAUCCAUGAACUAAGUGCAUUUGAAGAAUCAAAGGAUAAUACAAUACCUCUUUUAUAUGGAAUUUUAGCCCAUUUCUUGCAUGGAACUAAGGAUGGCAUCCAAAAUGCAUUUCUGAAAGGGUCUUCACUUCAGCCUCCAAACCAAAAUCUUGGCAGACAUCCUAGUGGAAGAAAGCAAAUGGACGAUCACCUAAGAAAGGAGAAGGGGAAAAGUACUAAUAUUGAAGAUCUUCAUGUUUCUCAGGCAGUGAAGAGAUGACACAUUUGGGAUAUCUUUUAUCUUAAAAUUGUAUGUAUUAAAUAACUUAUUUAUUGUCCCAAUGUUACCAAAAUGCACCACUAAUAAUUGUAUUUUGUAGAAAUUUGAGUUUCUGCAAAACAUUCAUCCCUUCAUGUUUUACUGCAGUUGUGAAUAAAAGGUAACUCUGUCAUGUAGCAUAUUGGAUUCGACUUGAAAGAAAAUGUAUUGCUUUUAGGAAGUAUUUUUAAAAGUUCUUAACUUUCUGAGAAAUGAAAGGACUUUUUAGUACCUUGUACAUUCUUCUAAAAAAAAAUACAGACCUUUAUAACCAUAUGUUCUUCUCUUUGACAUGGCACAUUAAUUAAAUUUCCCUCAGCUGGAAUUAUGUGGAUUUGUAGGAAAAUUCAUUCAUGUUUUUAAAAACAUGUAGAAGAACAUUAAAACCAGGAAAAAUUAUAAUUCUUAUAAAGUUUGAUUUUUUUUUUUUACA